UGACAAGUCACUCCCAUUUUGCUAUGUUUCUAACAUGUGAUUGGAGGACCUGUCCUCUGGUCAUAUCUCUCCAUGCGAUAUCGCGCUCGGAAGGCAUUGCUAAGCAUAAUGGGAAACGUAGUUUUCCAUGUUUAUACCGUUUUGAGAACGAUUUAAGAGGAAUAAAGAACUACAUUUCCCAGGCUGAUUUUAAGGAGGCGUUUACCGUCUCGAUCAGCUGAAAUAUGACAGGUUUUUUUCAGUUUACAAGUUUUGCUCAUGCUCUUCAAAGAUGACAGAGGGAACGUGUUUGCGGAGAAGGGGAGGCCCCUAUAAGACUGAUCCAGUGUCAGAUCUCAGCCGCUGGAGGUUGAGUAAUGUGGAGGGCAGACAGACCUGGAGGUACAUUGAAGAGGCAGGCAGCGUGGACAGACAGCAAAGCAUGCUGGAAUCUCACUCUCUGGGACUGGACACGGGUGAGUUCAUCUCAGCAUCCCCUGCCGCACACACUGCAGUAGAAGCUGCACUGAAGGGAAUGGACUUCUACAGCCGUCUCCAGGCUGAAGAUGGACACUGGGCUGGGGAUUAUGGUGGACCACUUUUCUUACUUCCAGGUCUGCUCAUAACCUGUCAUAUUGCUAAGAUCCCUCUGCCAGAUGCAUGGAAGCAGGAAAUGGUUAGAUACCUUCGCUCUGUGCAGCUGCCUGACGGAGGCUGGGGCCUGCACAUUGAAGAUAAGUCUACUGUUUUUGGAACAGCUUUGAAUUACACCACCCUGAGAAUUCUGGGAGUUGGUCCGGAUGAUCCAGAUAUGGUUCGGGCAAGGAAUAUUUUACACAGCAAAGGCGGUGCUGUCGGUAUACCCUCCUGGGGUAAAUUCUGGUUGGCCAUCCUCAACGUAUACAGCUGGGAAGGGAUGAAUACGCUCUUUCCAGAGAUGUGGUUGUUCCCUUCCUGGGUGCCGGCACAUCCCUCCACUUUAUGGUGCCACUGUCGACAGGUCUACCUACCCAUGAGCUACUGCUAUGCGGUCAGGCUGUCUGCCGAUGAAGAUCCACUGAUACUCAGUUUAAGACAGGAGCUCUACGUCCAGGAAUACUCGACUAUUGACUGGCCAGCUCAGAGGAACAACGUUGCAGCUUGUGACUUGUACACACCACACAGCACCUUGCUUACUAUUGCUUAUAUGAUCCUGAAUGUGUAUGAAGCUCAUCACAGCACUAUGCUGAGAGAAAAAGCAGUGAAGGAGCUUUAUGACCAUAUUAAAGCAGACGAUCGCUUCACUAAGUGUAUCAGCAUUGGCCCGAUUUCGAAAACGAUCAAUAUGUUGGUACGCUGGUAUGUGGAUGGACCCACAUCACCUGCCUUUCAGGAGCAUGUGACAAGGAUUCCUGACUAUCUAUGGCUGGGUUUGGAUGGCAUGAAAAUGCAGGGUACAAACGGAUCACAGCUAUGGGACACUGCAUUUGCAGUACAAGCAUUUCUUGAGGCAGGUGCCCAGGACAUCCCCAGGUUUACAGAGUGCCUCACACAAGCCCAUCAUUUCUUUAAUCUGACCCAGAUCAAAAAUAAUCCUCCGGAAUACGAGAAAUACUACAGACAAAUGAACAAGGGAGGUUUUCCCUUCAGCACGCGGGACUGUGGUUGGAUAGUUGCGGACUGUACAGCGGAAGGACUGAAAUCUGUGAUGCUUCUGCAGGAGCAGUGUGGUUUCCUCAAAGAAAAAAUUUCCACUGAAAGACUCUUUGAUGCUGUCAAUGUGCUGCUAAGCAUGAGAAAUCCUGAUGGAGGGUUUGCCACGUAUGAGACCAAACGUGGUGGAAAACUGCUGGAGCUGUUGAACCCAUCUGAAGUGUUUGGUGAUAUAAUGAUCGACUACACGUAUGUUGAGUGUACCUCAGCUGUAAUGCAGGCACUGAAGCACUUUCACAGCGUAUAUCCUGAGCACAGAGCAGAAGAGAUUAGGACAACUCUUCAGCAGGGGCUGGACUACUGCAGGAGGGUUCAAACACCUGAUGGCUCAUGGGAAGGGUCCUGGGGAGUCUGUUUCACAUAUGGAGUCUGGUUUGGUCUGGAGGCAUUUGCAUGUAUGGGCCACACUUUCCAAAAUGGGUCUGUUUGUGUGGAGGUGAAACGUGCCUGUGAGUUCCUGCUGUCGAAGCAGAUGGAGGAUGGAGGCUGGGGCGAGGACUUUGAGUCAUGUGAGCAGCGGCGCUAUGUUCAGAGCAAGAACUCACAGAUCCACAACACCUGCUGGGCUUUGCUGGGGUUGAUGGCUGUCAGGUACCCUGACAUCAGAGUGAUCGAGCGAGGCAUUCAAGUUUUGAUUGAUAGGCAGCUGCCCAAUGGAGACUGGCCACAGGAGAAUAUUUCUGGAGUGUUCAAUAAAAGCUGUGCCAUCAGCUACACCUCUUACAGGAAUGUGUUUCCUGUGUGGACGCUGGGCCGAUUCUCACGGCUCUACCCCUGCAGCCCUCUGGCUGGGAAACUCAAACUCUGAGUCAGAUACUGUGUACUUGUGCCUCAAAUAAGCAGUAUCUGAUCAAAGACCAUUCUUAUUUGAAACAAACCUGUUUGCUGCUCUUUAGAAAGUAGAACUGAUUUAUCAAAGUCUUUAAUAAAUUAAAUAUCCUUUUAAAAAAUAAAAUUACCAUUUCGUGUAGAUGAUUCUGUAAUUAAAUGUGAUUUUCUGUACUUUUAUAAUAAAUCGUUUUAUA